AUGGGGUGGUGCUCCUGGAAGACGCAGCUGCUGCUGCUCCUGGCGGCGCUGAUCCUCCAGCCCUGGAAUCCCUGCCUGGGUACAGACUCCGAGAAGCCCUCCAGCAUCCCCACAGAUAAAUUAUUGGUCAUAACUGUAGCAACAAAAGAAAGUGAUGGAUUCCAUCGAUUUAUGCAAUCAGCCAAAUACUUCAAUUAUACUGUGAAGGUCCUUGGUCAAGGAGAAGAGUGGAGAGGUGGUGAUGGAAUUAAUACUAUUGGAGGAGGCCAAAAAGUGAGAUUGAUGAAAGAAGUCAUGAAACAUUAUGCCAAUCAAGAGGAUCUGGUUGUCUUGUUUACUGAAUGCUUUAAUGUUAUAUUUGCUGGUGGUCCAGAAGAAGUUCUAAAAAAGUUUCAAAAGUCAAACCACAAAGUGGUCUUUGCAGCUGAUGGAGUUCUGUGGCCAGAUAAAAGAUUAGCAGACAAGUAUCCCAUUGUGCACAUUGGGAAACGCUACCUGAAUUCAGGAGGAUUUAUUGGUUAUGCUCCUUAUAUCAACCACAUAGUUCAACAGUGGAAUCUCCAGGAUAAUGAUGAUGAUCAGUUAUUUUACACUAAAAUUUACAUUGAUCCACUGAAGAGGGAAGCUAUUAACAUCACAUUGGAUCACAAAUGUAAAAUUUUCCAGACCUUAAAUGGAGCUGUAGAUGAAGUUGUUUUGAAAUUUGAAAAUGGAAAAGCCAGAGCUAAAAAUGUAUUUUAUGAAACAUUACCAGUGAUGAUUAAUGGAAAUGGGCCCACCAAGAUCCUCCUGAAUUAUUUUGGAAACUAUAUACCUAAUGCAUGGACACAAGAUAAUGGUUGCACCCUUUGUGAAGUGGAUACAAUUGACUUGUCUGCAAUAGAUGUCUAUCCAAAUGUAACAAUAGGUGUUUUUAUUGAGCAACCAACCCCUUUCCUACCUCGAUUUCUGAACACAUUGUUGACUCUGGAUUACCCAAAAGAAGCACUUAAAUUCUUUAUUCAUAACAAAGAAGUUUAUCAUGAAAAGGACAUCAAAGUAUUUUUUGAUAAAGCUAAACAUGAAAUCACUACUCUAAAAAUAGUAGGACCAGAAGAAAACCUAAGUCAAGCAGAAGCCAGAAACAUGGGAAUGGAUUUUUGCCGUCAGGAUGAAAACUGUGAAUAUUACUUUAGUGUGGAUGCAGAUGUUGUUUUGACAAAUCUAAGGACUUUGAAAAUUUUGAUUGAACAAAACAGGAAGAUCAUUGCUCCUCUUGUAACUCGUCAUGGAAAACUGUGGUCCAACUUCUGGGGGGCCUUGAGUCCUGAUGGAUACUACGCUCGAUCUGAAGAUUAUGUGGAUAUUGUUCAAGGGAAUAGAGUAGGGAUAUGGAACGUCCCAUACAUGGCUAAUGUGUACUUAAUUAAAGGAAAGACCCUCCGAUCAGAGAUGAAUGAAAGGAACUAUUUUGUCCGUGAUAAACUGGAUCCUGAUAUGGCUCUUUGCCGAAAUGCUAGAGAAAUGACUUUACAAAGGGAAAAAGACUCCCCUACUCCGGAAACAUUCCAAAUGCUCAGCCCCCCAAAGGGUGUUUUUAUGUACAUUUCUAAUAGACAUGAAUUUGGAAGACUAUUAUCAACUGCUAAUUACAAUAUUUCCCAUUUUAACAAUGACCUCUGGCAGAUUUUUGAAAAUCCUGUGGACUGGAAGGAAAAGUAUAUAAACCGAGAUUACUCAAAGAUUUUCACUGAAAAUAUAGUUGAACAGCCUUGUCCAGAUGUUUUUUGGUUUCCUAUAUUUUCUGAAAAAGCCUGUGAUGAAUUGGUGGAAGAAAUGGAGCAUUAUGGCCAGUGGUCUGGAGGGAAGCAUCAUGAUAGCCGUAUAUCUGGUGGCUAUGAAAAUGUCCCAACCGAUGAUAUCCACAUGAAGCAAAUUGGCCUGGAAAAUGUAUGGCUUCAUUUUAUCCGGGAGUUUAUUGCGCCUGUCACACUGAAAGUCUUUGCAGGCUAUUAUACUAAGGGAUUUGCACUCUUGAAUUUUGUAGUAAAAUACUCCCCUGAAAGACAGCGCUCCCUUCGCCCUCAUCAUGAUGCUUCUACAUUUACCAUCAACAUUGCACUCAAUAAUGUGGGAGAAGAUUUUCAGGGAGGUGGAUGCAAAUUUCUAAGGUACAAUUGCUCUAUUGAGUCACCAAGGAAAGGCUGGAGUUUCAUGCAUCCAGGGAGACUCACCCAUCUGCAUGAAGGACUUCCUGUUAAAAACGGAACAAGAUACAUCGCUGUGUCAUUUAUAGAUCCCUAA